GUUGUGGUUUGCCGUCGUGAUGGACGGAGUAGAAAAUUUCGCGUGACGGAUUCUACAGAAAAAAAAAUUGAAAACCGAUUUGGAAGUUCGAUUGAAGAAAUAAAAUUCCUUAGCUUCGCUUGAGAUACAACGCAAGUCGCAACUAAGCCGCGUGCCAGUGUCUGCGUGUGGGUGUGUUUACCAGCCGUGAUUUGCUUCGCAGAUUCUUCUACACGGUCCGCUAGAUACUAAUAAAGACAUUAUUGUUUAAUGAUCGUCAUGUCUGGUGAGAUUAAUUGAAAUCGGAAUCUUGAUAAAACCGGGGCUAGCGGUGAUUGCGAAUAAGCGCGGUUCGCGCAUGAGCAUGAUUCAAACGAGGUUGCGACGACGGAGGGAGGAAUUCGUCGUACACAAAGAAGAUUCAGAUCGAUUCGAUAAGAUAAAUCGAACUGCAUUGAGAGGUGUCUGUUUUGAAUAAGUGAAAUAUUUGUGUUGACCCCCUUGUCGCUGAGACAAACAAGUGCGCAAAUGAUGCUAUCUAGAAUAUAGGUAGGUACUACUAGUCGAUGAUCGCUUAGCUCGGUACAAUCGAUCGGGAAACAGUGCAGUGGAGCCAAAUUUAAUGGACUUGCGCUUGAAUUGCUCGUUUGAAUAAAUCACUGAUUAUUUGCGCUGGAUGAAAAAUUAACCAAAAUUGUCAUUUGGUGUGGAAUAAAAAGGUCAUCAUCCGAAUCGGUACUGUCUGGGCAACAAUCCUGCUCAAUCCGAACUAUUUGAACGGAAUGCCACCGAUGACUGUAGCGCAAGGCAAAGCCGGGAACCAGUGUUUGUCCCAGAACCGUACCAGCUGCUAUGCCUGGCUCUGUUUAAUAUAUUCACGGCUUAUCCCGACCGCAUUGUAAACAAUUUUGCAUACAACUAGACCCGCAAUUAGCUCUAAUUAACCGAUGUUUGAUGACGGAUCAGUCAGUGACUUGACUAAGACGCCACGACGAUUAGUUCAAACGUGGUUGGCUCCAGAGAGACAUUGUUGGCGGCGACCCGACCUCGUGUACCUGCAAAGUGGUAAUUUUCAGCGCACGGCUAUUAUCAGCUGAUUCCCGUUUACGUUCCCAGUGUAUGUUACGUGAUUUGCGUGCGAGCUAACGAAAUACCCUUUCUGCAAUACGUUAGGUCAUUCGGGAUUAGCGUAUUGAAUGAGCAGCAAGAGUGUAAUAAAUUGCAGCAGUGCAUGUAGUGUAUCGAAAAAAGCGAUUUAAGUGUUUGGAUUUACAUGAAAACUAGAAUUUUGUGAUAAUUGUAAUGAAACUGGUGUUUAUCACUCACGUGUCACUUUAAAAGCUUGCGAAGUGUCAAAAAUUUAGGACACGAUGUCCAACAGGUGGUCACUAACAGGUACUGGCGGCGGAAGUUCCGCUAGCAAAGAAUGUGGUGAUGAGUUUGAAAUAACGGUUCUGCUGGAUAAAUCGGAAACUGCAUCCUCGUCGUUGCCCGUACGAGUAGUUGCUGUGCGCCGUGAUGGUGGUGAUAGUGUCGGUGAUUUAAAGGCCAAGAUGGCCGGCGUUGAUUACGAUGACGUUUCGGACGGCGACGAUGUUGGCACUAACUGCCGUGGCAGUGGAUUCCAUCGGCAUCGUUCGGCUGAUGAUCGAGCUUCCGGUGAUGACAGUGGCCGUGACAGCGACGAUGUAGACCGGAUUAUGAUACUUGACAAGUGGCCAGAGCGGUGUAAGCGAAAUGGAAAUGCAAAAGUGAAGAUGUCCAGCCCUCGAAACAUAUCGGAUAGUUCACCCAACGAAGAUCUGGCAGCAGUCGCUUCGAAUUCCCAUUCCGCCUCGUCCCGCUUGACGGGCACCGCCAGCAGUCACAACAACAGCAGAAACAGUCCGUCUCCGUUGGCCACAACUCCAACCUCGGUUAGCAACAACAGCAGCAGUAAAAGGAUGCCGAACGCCACAAACAGUAGCAACAACAAUAAUCAUAGCACUAGUAAGACAACUCCAUCGCCCCCGAAGAAACACAAAAAUCCGGACGAGGAAUGCGACGUAAUCGGCAAUCUAAUAGGCGACUACGGAAAGUGGCAGUUCGUGAUGACAUUUCUCCUGUCCCUGUUUCAGGUCCCGAAUACGUUCCACAUCUACUCACCAACGUUUCAGGCAGCAGAAAAAGGUCACUGGUGCCAACGGCCGCCGCAUUUAAAUAAUACCCCCGUUGAGCUCUGGCGGAACGUGACCCGGGCGGAGGAAAACUGCCGAAUACUAAACUACGACUGGAGCUCAAUUCAGUCGGAGCAGAUGCUGACGAAUUUGAGCUUACCCACGAACUUGUCUCAUGUGACUUGCAGUGCGUGGGAGUUCGACGUCAACGAUAACCUCGGGAACACGUGGGGUUCGGAAUGGAACCUGGUGUGUGACAAAGGCUAUCUUAAAGAUGUUGCGGAGAUGUUUUUUCUAGUCGGUGUGGCCACCGGCGGCAUCACGAGUGGUGUUCUGUCGGACAAAUUUGGUCGUAAGAAAAUGCUCUUCAUAUCUGCUGUUCUACAGUCAAUUUUUGGUAUUGCAUUGGCUUUUGUGAACUCGUUGGAGAUACUUUUAAUUCUUCGAGCAUUGCUUGGACUGGUUUCGGUUUCGGUAACCUAUGCUGGCCUAAUUUUAGCCAUCGAGUAUGUAGAUGGGAAGUGGAGAACUAUAGCGGGAAUGUACAAUCUGUUCCCGUUACCGGUGUCAUAUAUUAUGAUCUCGGGAAUUGCUUAUCUGACGCAGGACCAUCGCAAGCUACAGCUUUGCAUUGGGUUACCAGGAGUUUUACUCUGCCUGUUGUGGUUCGUGCUUCCGGAAUCGCCUCGAUGGUUGCUGUGCAAAGGCCGUGUAGCCGAGGUCAAGGAUAUCGUGCGAAAGGCAGCUGCUUUUAACAAUAGACCCCUACCGGACAAUUUGGACAAAAUGCUGAAACCGCCAGUGAACGAAGAUGACGCAAUGGCGGGAGCUUGCGAUCUAUUCCGAACACGAUACCUCCGUCGAGUAACGUUCUGCUUCCUAUGCAUCUGGUUCACUAUGAAUCUCGUGUACUACGGAUUGGUGCUAAACAUGAACAGUUUCGGUGGCAACAUCUAUCUUAACUCGGCUCUUGCGGGAUUAGUAGAGAUUCCGGCUAUUGCACUCGCAAUGUACAUUAUUAACAAGACUGGUAAAAAGUGGCUCUUCUGUGCGACGUUUUUUGCCGCGUCGCUUGCUUGCCUCUGUGCCGCCGUUGUUGAAGGAAAAAUAGCAUAUCUUUCACUGAAAAUUACAUUUGUUAUGGUCGGCAAAUUUACCAUUAGUGCAGGUAACACUAUCAUGCCGGUGUACACGGCGGAACUUUACCCCACGUCGAUCCGUAACGUUGGUGUGGGCGCCUGCAACGUUGCCGCUGGAUUCGCGUUAGUCCUUACACCAUAUCUCUCUUUAUUGAACAAAAUUGAGGAUCAUCUGCUAAUGACUCUGUUAACAGCUUGGUGCAUUUUUGGUGCUAUUGUAAUCGUGUUCCUACCAGAGACUAUGCAACAUCCGGAUCACCAGGAAAGAGAUGAAGAAAAGGAAGUGGAUACUCAAGCGAUGACCUAAACUAGCUAAUCCAAUGGAAUCAAUAACUUAAGAUACGCUACUACUGCCAUAUCUAGAGUUUGUUAAUUGUAUUCUCUCCAGAAAAAAAAAUCUCAUAACUAGUGAGCCCGAACGAUUGUUUGGAAAGUGUCAUCCACGACCAGAAAUGAAUGUUUCGGUAUAAUAUUAUUUAGGUAACUGAGUAAAAUGGUGUAAAAGCAUUAGAAUCUGUCAAUUUUUACAUAAGUAUUCAAAACUCAUACAUCGUGAACGUUAGAUUGCUGUUCCUCUUUGUGACACAUAUACGAUAUACGGCAAAUUGAUGUUUUGUGAAACUAACUUUAUCUAUAGGAGCAUUUAUUGCAUAUAUCCGGGAAAAGGCAAACAGCGAUUGGUGCGUCAAAUCCAUAUUGCCAUAUUUAACAAAACCAAUAGUCAUUACCAAUUUUAACUGAUAAAACAGGAAUAACAUUUUAAACAAUAACUAAAAAUAAAUAGCUGACGAAUUUUAGAUCGUUCAUCUGGCUGGUCCAGAGAACAGUUUUUUAUAUAAACUAUUUGACCACUACUGUAUACACGACAAUUAUUUACACACAUUCACACAGCUCUCACCAGUAUAAUAAAAACUGUAUACGUUGAACGACAUACAAACACAUAAUAAUAGACAGCAUACAUAUUUAUAAACGAAAACCUGUACUGGAAUAUGUUUGUGUCAUUUAAAUAAGUUUUUAGCUAAUCUACGGUAAAACAUGAGUGCUUGUCACAUGCUGCUGGAUUUUCGUUUCUGCUACCAGCGAGUGCUUAUUUCGUGUCAAUAUCAUUUUAAAUUCAAGUUCUAUUUGUUAUUUGGGAACAAACUCACCAGGACUGAAACCCAUAAAUUAUACAGUAGACACCAGUUGAACAAUGCCAAAACAAAUGGAAUUUAUUAAGUCAGUAAGCUAAAAAUUCAAAAGAGAUAUAACUAUAACUACUGUCAUACUUGAGAUAGUAUCAAUAAUUAUGAAAUCGUCCCAUGUGACAAGCACAGCGUUACAAAUUCCGAAGCCACUAAAUGUCAUACACGACGUUACACAAAAACAAUGCAUUUAGGCGAGUCGCCACCCCCUCCCCGAGCGACGGCUUAACGUCACAGAGAAAAGCGUUGCACAAAAAAAAGCAACCGAAAAAAGCAAAUCACCAACUAUAUUGCAAAGUUAAAAUUUAUCGAAUAGAUGUCGCAUUGUGAUAAAUUAACAAACAAACAAAAACAUAUAUAAAUAUGCUUUCGUCGUUUUAUAAUAGUGAAAAUGUAUAUCCAAUGACGGAUUUAAUCCCAGCUAAACUAUUUAAAUGUACUUAAAGUGGCUCUAUAUAACUAGGUUGUAAACUGAUUUAAUAGAUAUUCAAAAUGCACCCCUUGAAUUAGAAACAUUUCUAUCAACGAACUACAAUCAAAACAAAGCAUGUAUUUGGAGUUGAGAGAGAGAGAGAAAGAGUUACAAUUUUAUGCUUGAGCUAGUUUGAAAUCAUAAUAUUUUUAGAAUUCCUGUUUGGACGCAAUUGAAAAUCGUUGCAUGUUUUGACCUUCACAAGAAGGUAUUUGUUUUCGUGUCGAAACACAAACAAUUACUAUCGAUGUUGGGCUUGAUAGAGAGCAUUUAUUGAAUCGCUAAACACGAGUGAUAGGGUAAGUUAAUGAAUGAGCACACAUGUUAUCUUUUGUACAUUUUCAUGCGUUAGUACUUAACAAUAGGACUACUGUAGUUGAUAGUGUUAUGAUAUGAUAUCGUACUCGGAUAACAUGAAUGUAAUCGGGAAAACAAUUCACGAGAAUUGCCGUUUCGUCAAAUCAUUCAAAUUACUCCAAUACUGCUGUGUACAUACAACCCCAUUUUUAUUGAUUGUAACGGCAAUAGGCGACUAAAAUAUUGUUAAUAAAUGUGCUAUAAUGGAA